GCUGUUGGGAGACGGCCGCUGAAGAUUGCAAUGCUGUCGUGGGAGACUCUCCAUACCAUCGCAGCUGGCGGCGUGGCGCCACACGUCACUGAAUUGGCUGGCGCGCUUCACAAAGCAGGCCAUACAGUCCAUAUCUUCACCAGAUCGACACAGAACCGUACCUGGGAGAAUGAUAUCUCCGGUGUCAUCUAUCACGAGGUGAACUUCAACACGGACGGCGACUUCGUACGGGAGAUCGAGAACAUGUGCAGCUCAUUCGUCGGACACUUCAUGCAAAUGGAGCACCGCUUAGGUGGCUUUGAUAUCGUCCAUGGCCACGAUUGGCUGGUAGGACCAGCGGUAAUCCAACUGGCCUCUAUGAACAAGCGAGUUGUGUUUACGAUGCACUCGACGGAGACUGGUCGAUGCGGAAACGUGCAAUAUGGAGGACAAAGUGCCCGAAUUCGCGAGAUCGAAGGCCAAGCCUGUCAUUCUGCUCAUCGGGUCAUCGCGGUGUCAGGC